UAUCAGAGAGUAUUUAAGUAUUUUAACUACUGAGUAUCACAGAGUACUGGAGUACUUUAACUACUGAGUAUAACAGAGUACUGAAGUACUUUAGCUACUGAGUAUCACAGAGUACUGGAGUACUUCAGAGUAACGCGUUACUUUGGAGGAUCACCAUAAUAACUAUGUAUAUUUAUAUUUUUAUUCAUUAAUUUUUUUUGUGUGAGUGUGUGUGUGUGUGUGUGUGGUGGGCGGGGCCUGUGGCAGCAGCAGGCUCAUUGUCUGAGGAGGCAGAGGGACAAAGAGGGGGAGGCCGAGUCUGUCUCUUUCUUCAUGUGGGGGAGGAGAGGGGGAGGAUUAACCGGCUCAUCUGCGACACGCGCUCACACACAGCACGCAUUUCAUAUCAACACUCACACACACUCUCUCACACACACACACACACACACACACACACACACACACACACACACACACGGCGGCCGAGCUUCAUCUGGAUCAGCAUCAGCACCAUCCUCCUGCUCCUCCUCCUCAUCAUCAUCAGCGGCGGCGGCGGCGGAGAGGACGGUAGACAAAGAGACACGGAGACAGAGACAGACAGACAGGCCGGAGGUGGAGGGACUCGGUCCUCACCGUCUGACGGGAGACAGACAGACACAGGGCGACAGACAGGAGACAGAGACAGGCCUUCGCCGCCUCCACCGCCCGUCUCUGUUCCCUGUGUGAUGGCCGACCACAUGUUCCCGCUGCUGCUGCUGCUGUUGUGUGUGUGCUGAGUGUGUGUUGUUGCAGGUGGGUGUGUUCGGUGUGUGUGUGUUCGUGGUCCGGUGUGUGUUAUGGGGAACGCGGAGAGCAUGGAGAGCCAGCUGGCGGUGAUCCGGUCCAGAGCCGCUCCGGUCCGACUCCCGAUGCCCGACCCGGCCGAGCUGGAGGAGAGGUUCUCCAUCGCACUGAAUUCAAUGAACCUGCCUCCGGACAAGGUGCGUCUGCUGCGUUCCUACGACAACGACAAGAAGUGGGAGCUGAUCUGUGACCAGGAGAGGUUUCAGGUGAAGAACCCUCCACACACCUACAUCCAGAAACUGAGGGGCUUCCUUGACCCGGCCGUCACACGCAAGAAGUUCAGAAGAAGAGUUCAGGAGUCGACUCAAAUGCUCAGAGAACUCGAGAUUUCUCUUCGUACAAACCACAUCGGGUGGGUCAGAGAGUUCCUGAAUGAGGAGAAUCGAGGUCUGGAUGUUCUGGUCGAGUAUUUGUCCUUCGCUCAGUACGCCGUCACGUUUGAUGGCGAGCAGUCGGAGGCAGGAGGUGAGGUCUCGUCCAUAGAUUCUCCCUGGAGUCGGUCCAUAGAGGAUCUCCAUGGCGACUGCAGCCUCCCCUCCCCGUCCUCGUCCGUACCCCGAGCAGCCCGACACUCCAUCAGCUCGGCAAUGGUGACUCGCUCCAACACUCUGCCUAGUCGUCGCACUCUGAAGAACUCGCGACUCGUCUGUAAGAAAGAUGACGUUCACGUUUGUGUCAUGUGUCUGAGAGCCAUCAUGAACUACCAGUACGGAUUCAACAUGGUGAUGUCACAUCCUCACGCUGUCAACGAAAUCGCCCUCAGCCUCAACAACAGGAACCCCAGAACGAAGGCUCUGGUGUUGGAGUUAUUGGCGGCAGUGUGUUUGGUCAGAGGAGGACAUGAGAUUAUUCUGUCAGCCUUCGACAACUUCAAAACUGUGUGUUCAGAGUCGAUGCGUUUCGAGAAGCUGAUGGAACAUUUUAAGAACGAGGACGACAACAUCGACUUUUUGGUGGCCUGCAUGCAGUUCAUUAACAUCGUGGUUCACUCGGUGGAGGACAUGAAUUUCAGAGUCCAUCUGCAGUAUGACUUCACCAAGCUCAACCUGGACGAACACCUGGAGAGGCUGAAGCACACGGAGAGUGACAGGCUGCAGGUUCAGAUCCAGGCAUAUCUGGACAACGUGUUUGAUGUCGGGACGCUGCUGGAGGAUGCCGAGACCAAAACUGCGGCCCUGGAACGAGUGGAGGAGCUGGAGGAGAGCCUGGGCACGAUGUCAGAGCGUCUCCUAGACGUGGAGAAUGAAGCAAUGCUGAAGAUUGUCGAACUGGAGAAACAGCUGAUGCAAACCAAUAAGGAACUGGACCACAUCCGGGAGGUGUACGCAAGCACCAACUCUCAGGUGCACACUUUGAGGCGGAUGGUUCGGGAAAAGGACCAGACAAUCCGACGUCAGAGCCGUCUGGAACGCCAGGCUCAGGAGGCCCAGCAGGCAGGAGGACCUGGAGCUCCUCAACCCCAGAGAGGAGAGGGUGAUGGGGGAGUGGCUGACUCCGCCUCCCCGUCACCUCCACCUUGUCCUAACCUGUCCCCCAGUCCUGAGACCGUAGCUUAUCACAGCAUGGGACCAGGGAUGGGCGGAGCUCCAGGGAUGCCGGCCCCUCCCCCACCCCCUCCUCCACCACCGAUGCCGGGCACAGUGUCCAACGGGUCGUACCCUGCACCUCCUCCCCCUGCUCCUCCUCCUCCCCCUCCUCCUCCUCCUCCUCCAUGUCGGACCAGCGAGCUCUCCUCCUCUGUCCCCAUGCCCCCCCCUCCUCCCCCUGUGGCCCCGCCUCUCCCAGGUACAGGGGGGUCGCCCACAGUCAUCUUUAACUCUGGACUCGCAGAGGGUCCUCUCAAGUUAUUCUCUGUGAAGAUCAAGAAGCCGAUCCAGACUAAGUUCAGGAUGCCGGUGUUGAACUGGGUCGCCCUGAAGCCGAGUCAGAUCAACGGGACCGUCUUCAACGACAUCGACGACGAGGCCAUCCUGCAGGAGCUGAAUGUGGAAGAGUUUGAGGAGCUGUUUAAGACAAAGGCUCAGGGUCCGGCGGUGGACCUGACUCUGUCCAGACAGAAGCUUCCUCAGAAAGCUCCGUCCAAAGUGUCUCUGCUGGAGGCCAACAGAGCCAAAAACCUGGCCAUCACUUUGAGGAAGGCUGGUCAGGGGUCAGAGGUCAUCUGUCGUGCCAUCCACAUGUUCGACCUGCGGACGGUUCGGGUUGAUUUUGUGGAGUGUCUGAUGCGUUUCCUGCCCACAGAGGCCGAGGUCAAACUUCUACGGCAGUACGAAAGGGACAGAAAACCUCUGGAGGCUCUGAGCGACGAAGACCGAUUCAUGAUGCAGUUCAGCCGCAUUGAAAGACUCAGUCAGCGCAUGUCCAUCAUGACCUUUAUGGGCAACUUCACCGACAACGUCCAGAUGUUAACUCCGCAACUCCACGCCAUCAUCGCUGCUUCAGUUUCUAUAAAAUCAUCUCAGAAGCUCAAGAAGAUCCUUGAGAUCAUCUUGGCUCUGGGGAACUACAUGAACAGCAGUAAGAGAGGAGCUGUGUACGGAUUCAAGCUGCAGAGUUUAGAUCUGCUGCUGGAGACAAAGUCGACAGACAGGAAACAGACACUGCUUCAUUACAUCAGCAACGUGGUCAGAGAGAAGUAUCCCGCCAAGUCUCUGUUCUACAACGAGCUUCACUACGUCGACAAGGCUGCUGCAGUGAGUCUGGAGAACGUGCUGUCCGAUGUGAAGGAUCUGCAGCGCGGCAUGGAGCUCACCUGGAGGGAGUUCAGCGUUCAGCACAACGCCACACUCAAAGACUUCAUCAGCAGGCACGAGUCACGGCUCAACAAGCUGCAGGAGGACGCGCGCAUUGCUCAGGAUGCGUUUGAGGACGUGGUGAAAUUUUUCGGGGAGAGUUCAAAGACAAUGCCGCCUUCCGUCUUCUUCCCCAUCUUCGUCCGUUUCAUUAAAGCAUACAGGCUGGCGGAGGAGGAGAAUGAGCAGAGGAGGCGUCAGGAACAAAUGUUACUGGAGAAACUGGAGCAGGAGGAGCAGCAGCAGGAGGAGGAGACCAAGUCUCCCUCCCACAGGGGGAAGCGGCAGCAGCAGGAGCUGCUCACCGAGCUCCGAAAACGUCAAGGCAAAGACAGUCGCCAUGUUUAUGAAGGGAAGGAUGGCGCCAUAGAGGACAUUAUCACAGCUUUGAAGACCGUCCCCUUCACGGCUCGAUCCGCCAAACGCAGCUCUCGCUUCUUCUGUGACCCCGCCCACACUGAGGAGCACUACUGAGGGACAGAGAGACACAUUACAUUGUAAAGAGAGCUUAAACGUCAGCAUGUUGGAGGAUGGUGUCUUCUUCAGCUGGCCACGCCCACUUCUAAUCGAUGGGACCAAUUAGCACUUUGAACAUUUCUGAUCGAUUGAUGUGAACUGAUGACAUCAUGUUUUGUAUGUUACUUUAUUGGUCAGUUUGUGCACAGACCAGGUUCCCAGACACCACCUGACCUCUGACCUCUGACCCCUGACCUGUCCCUAAUGUUCCGCUCUGUUCUGACCGCUGUCAAACCAAACUCCAUCCAGGAAUUUUGGGAUUUAAAGUGACACCAGAACCCAAAAUCCUGGUUCUGGGUCAGCAUGUCUGUGGUCCUGUGGUUGUUCUGGGUUCCUUCAAUCUGUCUCUUUAACUGGAUCGUGUACAGGGUUCUACUACUUUCACUACGUUGUGUUCUACUGUGUUUUACUGUAUUUACUAGCCUUACCAGAGCCAGGUAUACACAGAGUCUGGCACCUUUCUAAAGGGUUAGGAAACAGUGUCAGCAAGAAGCACUCAAACACAAGAACCUUUGCCAGACUCUGGUUAUCUGUGGCUCUGGCUCACCUUCCUGAACCUGACCCUUCCUCAAAACGCAUUUCCUCUGAAGCCCCGCUGUUAGCCUGUUAGUUACAGUGGCCUGCAAAAGUUUGGGCACACCAGGAAAAUAAUUCAUUUACUGUGAGCAGUUAAGUAGAAGAUGAACUGGGCCAAUUUUUGGGCCGUCUUCAUACAUUGGUCUUUUCGGUCUAUCCACAGAUUUUUAAUAAUGUUUAGGUCGGGGGACUAUGAGGGCCAUGACAAAACCUUCAGCUUGCUCUUCUUGUGAUAGUCCAUUGAGGCGGUAAUCAUCCUUUUAGCCAUUUUAUCUGCUUAUCUGGGACAUCAUCCCUGUCCACGGCAACACUUUCAAGCUCCUCCUGGAGGAUCCCGAGGUGUUCCCAAGCUAGAUGAGAUAUAAAAUCCCUCCAGUGUGUUCUGGGUCUGCCCCGGGGGCUCCUACCAGUGCGACGUGCCUGGAUCACCUCUAAUGGGGAGGCGGCCAGGAGGAUCCUGAUCAGAUACCUGAACCACCUCAAUUGACCCCUUUUGACGCAGAGGAGCAGCGGCUCUGCUCUGAGC